AAAUCCAAGUGACAUAAACUCAAAUCUAUGGGGUCUUCGUUGCGGCAUUUCAUCAAACACCUGCCAUGCAACAAGACCCUCGUUCACUUCCUUAUCAUUUCUCCAUUAUCAAUCAGACCCAUUUCAUCAUCAUCAUCUCAAAGAUCAAAACUUUCAUCAUACCCUUCAUUUUUCUGCACUUUAAUCCACCUUUUUCUGUCGAAUAACCGUCUCUCGAAAGCCGCAGAAACGUUUCGGACAAUGCGAACCCUGAAUCUUGGUUUCCAAGAUUUAGAAUCUUGGAAUGGUGUUCUUAAAGAGUUUAAUAAUCAUGGGAUGGUUAAUGAGGUAAUGUUUGUUUAUAAAGAAAUGUUGUCUUGUAGUGUUGGUACUAAUGUAGUUUCUAGAAAUAUUGUUGUUCAUUGUUUGUGUAAAGUAGGCCGAGUUGAGUCGGGUUUAAGGCUAGUACGAAACUCGGGUUUUGGUGAAUAUGAUGUUGUUAGUUAUAAUAUAUUGAUUUGGGGUUUUUGUAAAUAUGGGUUUGUUGAACAGGGUUUUGGGUUGUGUUCUGAAAUGAUUAAAAAAGGGUUUGCUUUUGAUGAUUUUACAAGGAAUAUAUUGAUUAAAGGGUUUAUCGAUAAGCGGUUGUUUGGAUAUGUGGAUUGGGUUGUUGAUCGGCUUGGUUGCAUGGAUGUUGUCGGUUUUAAUACUUUGAUUUAUGGGUGUGCUAAAGUUGGUGAUGCUGUUGGUGCUGUUGAGAUGUUGAAUAGGAUGAGGGAAGAAGGGUUGUUUCCGGAUGUUGUUACGUAUAAUACUUUGAUUGAUAUGUUUUGUAAGAUGAAGGGUUUGGAUCAGGCGGAAAGUGUUUUUGAUGAACUUAUGGUGCCUGAGAAAAAAGGUGGUUUGGUUCUUGACGAUAGUGAUGAUAAUAUAGUGAAACCUAAUGUCGUUACAUAUACUUCACUUAUUAAUGGAUACUUUAAGGACAAAAGGCCUGAUGAAGCACUUGAUAUGUACGAGAAAAUGGUCAUGGAUGGGUUAUCACCUGAUGUUGUUACUUACAGUUUGGUAAUAAAUGGGCUUUGUAAGAAUGGGAGAGUUGACGAUGCUCAAGCACUUCUCAAGGAAAUGAGAAGCAUUGGUGUAGAGCCUAACCACGUAACAUACUCUUUGUUUAUGGAUUUGUUCUUAAGACGAAAGAAUGUAGAUGUUGUCCUUGGCCUUCAGAGUCAAAUGGUGGUGCGUGGAAUUCCAUUUGAUGUGGUUGUAUUUACUACUCUGAUUGAUGGAUUGUUUAAAAGUGGAAAGCCUAACGAAGCUGAGAUAAUGUUCAAUAGUCUUUUAGAUUCUGGUGUGGCUCCAAACUGUAUCACUUAUACUUCAUUGAUUGAUGGACGCUGUAAAUCAGGAGAUUUGGAUGGCGUUGAGUCUGCACUGCAAGAGAUGGAGAGUAAAAAUGUCUCUCCAAAUGUUGUUACAUACACUUCUAUCAUUAGUGGUUUUUUAAGGCAUAAUCUGCUUGAUGCAGCUUUUAGCACCUUGAACAAAAUGGUGGGUGAGGGAGUUAUGCCAAAUAUUUUCACAUAUAGUAGAUUAAUCGAUGGCUAUUUCAAGGCUGGUAAAGAAGAAAUGGCUGUUAGCUUUUAUGAGGAAAUGAAGUUGAGCGGGUUGGAGGAAAACAAUUUUGUACUUGAUGCUAUUGUAAAUAGUUAUAAAAGGAAAGGGAAAAUGGAUGAAGCUGGUUCAUUUUUUGAAAUGAUGAUAGUUAAGGGACUUUUUCCCGACUGUGCUAAUUAUACGUCGCUAAUGGAUGGGUAUUUUAAAACAGGUGAUGAGUCAGCUGCGCUUAGAAUGGCUGAAGAAAUGACUGAGAAAAAUUUGCAGUUUGAUUCUGUUGCUUAUAACGUAUUAGCAAAUGGGCUAUUGGGGCUCGGGAAAUAUGAAGUGGAAUCUGUUUAUUUAAGCAUAAAAGAACUUGGCUUAGCACCAAAUAUUGAGACAUUUAACACAAUCAUUGCUGCUUAUUGCAAAGAGGGUAAAAUGGAAAAUGCUCUAAACCUAUGGAAAGAGAUUAAGAGCCUAGGAUUAGUGCCAAAUGAGAUCACUGUUAAUGUUAUGGUAGGUGGACUCUGUGAAACAGGGAAGGUUCAUGAAGCCAUUGAUUUGUUGACUGAAAUGGCAAGUUUACAGUUUUACCCUAGCUCUACUUCUCACAGAUUUAUUGUUAAUGCAGCUUCAAAAACUAAAAGAGGUGAGUAUAUUUUGUUAGUGCAUGAACGUCUUUUAACCAUGGGCCUUAAACCCAGCCUAAAAAUCUAUAAUGCCCUUGUCACCGCCUUAUGCAGACUUGGCAUGACUAGAAAAGCCACAUUAGUGCUACAAGAUAUGAAAGAUAACGGCUUUUCUGCUGAUACUGUUACUUACAACGUCUUAAUUAAUGGAUAUUGCAAAAGUUCACAUUUAAAGAAAGCUCUUCAAACAUUUUCACAAAUGUUGGACGACGGAGUUUCUCCUACCAUUUUGACUUAUCAUACGCUUCUUAGGGGUCUUUCAAAGGGCGGCUUGAUGCAUGAGAUUUUGAACAUAGUUAAUGACAUGCUGGAAAGAGGUUUUGAAAUUGAUUCUAAUGUCUAUAACAUUUUGGUUUGUGGGUAUAGCAGGAUUGGGAAUAAGAAGGAAGCUAUAAGGGUCUAUUGUGAAAUGAUAUCGAAAGGGUUUGUUCCUCUAACCAGUACUUUUAAUGUGUUAAUCAGUGAGUUCGCUAAGGUGGGAAUGAUGAGUCAGGCAAGAGAGCUUAUGAAUGAGAUGCAAGUUAGAGGGGUUCUUCCUAAUUCUUCAACUUAUGAUAUAGUCAUAAGUGGGUGGUGUAAAUUAUCAAUGCGGGUAGAGAUAGAGAGGGCGUUGAGAAAUUCAUGUGAGUUGAAAGCAAAAAUGUUGCUCAAUGAGAUGAAUGAAAAAGGUUUUGAGCCUUGUGAAAGUACAGUUAGGUAUGUCAAAUUGAUUCUCAAAAGACAAAGAAAGAAGAAAAAGAGCUGACAGUUGUAAUAAUCAGGUGUGAAGGAUAAGCAAUAUUUCACCUGAAGAGAAGUUUCCCAAUUUGAAGGGAAAUGUAACCAUGACGGGGGGGAUUUUAGGUUGUAGACCAAAUUGCAGAACCACAGCUUCUAACAUAAUAAUAUCAGUUACAUCAGGAAGAGGACUGUGAUGAUGUGCAAGACUCAGUUUCAUUACCAUUUCAUCAACUAUGCGAGCAA